ACAUGGUUAAAAUCAGACCACGUCAAAGGUUUCACUGACUUUAUUUUGCCAAAGGAUAUUGGUGAAGAUGGCGGUUAUGAUAGUAAGGAGAUGUGUGAGUAUAGACCAUCCUGCUUGAAUAUCCUUAUGAUAUCUUUUCUGUUUUACACUUAUGUUGAUUCUCUGUACUAUUAGCUGAUAAAAUGUCCUGAAUAUACAUGUUAAUAAUUGUCAAGAAAAUUAGCAAACAAUUUUGUAUUCGAUCUGAAUAGCCUAUAUUUUCAAAAUUAUGAGGUACAUGUAAAAUCAUAAAACUUGAUUUGAAGUUUGAAUCUAGGUUACAGUGAGGCAUUUAUAAUAGGACCAAUCUGUGAAGUUAAAUUGCUCAUUGUUUUAAUAGUAUAACAACAAGCCAGAAACAGUAUGUGUUAUGUCUUAGUGUGGAAAAAAAUCAACCUUUUCUGUGUAUAGUUAUAUAGAAUUUUGCAACUUUCUUACUUUGACAAUCCAAGUCUAAAACUAGUUGUAAAAUAAUGAUUUAAACCUUUUAAGAUGUUGAAUUUGAACAGCAGAAUUGUUUUACAUUGACAUUUACAUUUAGCAGACAAUUUUACGCUUUUGCUUUUACAUAGGCCUACUCCAAAAAUUGCCAUUGUUUACUUGUUUUGUUACUUGUUUGCCUUUUUUUUAAAAAACUUUUGCUGCUGGGCUACUCCACAACGGUGAUGAUCCGAACCAGUCUAAAAUAGUCUGAAUAUAAACUCUUAUUAUACAGUAGGUGUACCAUAUAGUGAUUCAGUAUAAGACAACAAUUGUUUGGAUAGUGAAUUCAUGAUGUAUUUGCUCAUUAUAUAAUAAAAAAGUGAUAUUAACUCAUCCCACCAAAUAUAAUAGUUGAUGCUUUAAUAUUUUACUUGUUUUUCCUGUAGUCUACAAAAAGUACCAUGCAAUACACUUGUACUCCAGUGUAAAUACCAUGUAAAUGUUGAACCAAUAUAAAUAUGAUAAUCAUGCCAUCUAAUAUCCUACAUCACUCUACUACCAUGGUGCUACCACAAUACUUUUUGUAAAGUUCUUGUCAGUACUAUUGAACUGAUGAUUUGACCCAUACAGUGCUGGAGGUUGAGAAAGACUUCAUAGAAGCAGCAAAGAGAAACGACGUGGAGGGCAUGAAGCUUCUAGUGAGAGGCGUUAAUGUCAAUGCCAAGAAUGUGGUAUGUCAAUAAACAUCUAACUUACACAGCACGGUCGAACUGCUCUUCAUUAUGCCGUGGCCUUCAGAAAUGUGGAAGUUGUGGAUAUGCUCCUUCGAAGGAGAGCCAAACUAGAUUUACAAGAUAAGCAUGGACUGACUGCUAUUCACUUAGCAGCGUGGUUUGGGAGUUUGGAAAUCCUCAAGUUACUUGUUCAAAGUGGAGCUGACCAAAGCGUUGAAAAUACGGAGGGCCUGAACAUGAUGCACUGCGCUGCCAUGAACAAUCACACUGAUAUUGUAGAGUACAUCGUUGAUGACCUGCAAAUGGGAGAACUUGACAAAGAAGAACAAUAUGGUAACAGACCCUUUGCCCUGGCCGCAGCACACGGCUGUGUUCGCAUGCUACAGAUGCUGAUGGAGGAACCUUAUAACAUGGCCACCAUGGAGGAAAAUAAGGUUGGAGACACACCUUUGCAUCUGGCAGCAAAGCACGGUCAACAUGAAACGCUGCACCUACUUCUAGACAACUUUGACAUUCGCAAUGAUGUCAACCAGGCAGGGCAGACCGCUCUGUAUCUGGCUGCAGAUGGAGCUCAUGAGGACUGUGUACAAGCCCUUCUGGAGGCACAAUGUGACCCAAACAUCUUUACCUUAAGCAGAAGCAGCCCUCUGCAUCCAGUCUGUGAGAGGGGACACUUUCCAAUUGUAAAACUCCUCCUGAAUAGUGGAGCCCAAAUAAACGCUCAAGACCAGCAUAUGCAAACUCCAUUCCAUCUAGCAGUGAAGAACUGUCAUAUCCCCGUAAUCCACACCCUACUUGAGGCUGGCUGUGAUCCAAACAUUACAGAUCAUAUGGGACAAACUGCACUCCAUAUCGCUGCUGAGAUGGGGAAGGUGGAUGUGGUCGAGAUGAUUCUGAAAGCCGAGGUGGAUCUGGAGAUUCAGGACAGGCAAAAUAAAACAGUUCUUGGAGUGGCGGCGAGGGGAAAUAUGGUUAUAAUUGUGGACAUGAUCAUCAAAGCUGAGAGAUAUUUCAGAUGGAAGUGCAAUUAUCAAAUGAAUAAUACAGAUGCCAUUGAGAGCCUUCACAACGAAUCACCAUUGACGUUCAAAUUAGAUCACUCCCCUGACACGAAUCCGCUGCGUGAUAUGAUAUGGGAGCUUGCAUACAAACACCUUAAGCGCAAUGACUGGAAGAAGUUGGCAGAGCUCUGGGAGUUCACAGAGGAUCAGGUGGCUGCCAUCGAAGAGCAGUGGACAGGUCCUGACAGUUUCAAAGAGCAUGGGAACAGGAUGCUUCUGAUUUGGCUUCAUAGAGUCAUGAUAGAAGGAAGCAACCCAGCCAAAGGCCUGUAUGAGGGACUGCUUUCUGUUGGGAUUACAAAGAUUGCUGGUAGGAUGUUUUUACUCAUCUUUACAGAAUGCCGUUAUUUUUGGUUUCAAUGUCUUGAAGGAACCAUCAGUAAUAAACGGUAUAGUAUUUGCUUUUAAAUGGUACAUUUAAUAGAGUGUGUGUUUUACAGUCAUUUAUAAUGUCCCUUACAUUAAAAAUAGCAGAAAGGAAAGAGUGAAAUCUCAUAACAUAUA